AUGAAGUCUGCGAUUCAACACUCUAAUGAAUUGGCAGAAAAGAUUAAGAAGGAAAUAGAUCUUGGAAGUCCGACCCCCGCUGGUCAAUCACACGUCUUCAUGGUUACUAACCUGUGCCGCAACGUCUAUCCCAACCAGAACUGGUGCAACCAGGGCACCGGGCCCUAUGGAAACGGUCAUAACGACUACGGAUACGUCGCCCAUUUUGAUUUGGGAAAUGGAGCCAAUCAGAUCUCGCGCAUUGGUUGGAACAACCCGGAAGUGACGUGGGAGAUCGUCAGUUGUCAUGGAGCGAACACCCCCACGGAUGAAAUGUACCAACACUGCCAGUGUGCCCAUCACGGUAAACGUUCCCUCAACGAAUCAACGAACGGCUCGGAAAAUGGAUUCUGAUUCUGUUAUGCUGAUCAAAUUUAGUUUAA